UAUAAGACAUCGGUAUGCAUAUAAUAUCUCGCUUAGUACAUAGAAUAAAAUGACAGAAAAUUCAACGUCUGUUAAGUAAUAUCCUCGAAGAAAUGGUGAUAUUUAGGUGAUGGUGAAAUGGUGAAUACAAUUCUAUGUAAGCAUCAAGUUACUUCAAAUGCACUUACCAGGUAUUUAAAGUGUUCUUAUGAAAGCUUUUGCUCCAUUAACUGUGGCAAAGUUCUGUAUCGAAGCACUAUGAACGUGACAAAAUUUUGGAAUAUCGAUUUCGCAGAUAAUGAAAUUGAAUAAAAAGGACUAGAGACAGUCGGCUUUCGUCUUCAUUAAUUCUGAUUAACGAGAGUCUAUGAGGACGAUGAGUCAUUGAUCCAAGUUUUAUCGAGGAAGCCCAUCGGGCAGUUGCUUACACCGCUACGAUGAAGCACCAUCGUCGCGAGGACGCCAGCAGCAGUAGCAGCAGUUGCCCAAGCGCCACCCCAUUCGAAGCAAAAUGCUGAAGGAAGUCGGCUGCGGGAGCGGCAUACCGCCACCAGUGGACGGAGCCGUGGGCGCUCGUGGCCAGGGCAGCGCUGAUUCCCUCUCCUGCCAGCACGCGAGCGAGGAUUUGUCCACCGGAGGUUCCUUGGCUUGCGGUGGCUGCGGCCGCGAGAUCGCCGAGCGCUGGUACCUGAGAGCGGCCGACCGACCCUGGCACUGCGCCUGCCUCCGAUGCUGUCAUUGCCGACUGCCCCUUGCCGCGGAACUCACUUGCUUCUCGCGAGACGGCAACAUCUACUGCAAGGAGGAUUACUAUAGGCUGUUCGCGGUGUCGAGAUGUUCGCGCUGUCGUGCUGGCAUAUCCGCGACAGAAUUGGUGAUGCGAGCCCGGGACCUGGUUUACCACGUGGCCUGCUUCACGUGCGCCUCAUGCGGCACACCGCUUAACAAGGGUGACCAUUUCGGACAGAGGGACGGCCUCGUUUAUUGCAGGCCACACUACGAAUUGUUAUGCUGCGCCACGGAUUACGGAAGCAGCAUUGAAGAUCUUGGCUCGCCGGGUGUCUCGCCUUUACCUGGAUACUACAGUGCUGCUGAGCAGAGUCCCAUCAUGUCGAGUGGCGGUGGAGGUGUUCAAAAAGGUCGACCCAGGAAGCGGAAAUUAUCGGAGGUUGCGGGUUCCGAGUUACCGGUUACUAUGAGACUGGCAGCAGGUGCUCUUGAAUUGCUUCAUCCUACGGAACUUUCUUCAUCAAUGGAAUCUUUAGCUGCGUAUGAUGCAUCAGUGGGUUCUCCGAGUGGCCCAGUACAUCAAAGUCAACGUACCAAACGCAUGCGUACUAGUUUCAAACAUCAUCAACUUCGUACAAUGAAGAGUUACUUUGCCAUUAAUCAGAAUCCCGAUGCCAAGGAUCUUAAACAACUGGCGCAAAAAACUGGAUUAUCCAAGAGGGUACUACAGGUUUGGUUUCAAAACGCCCGAGCGAAGUGGCGUCGCAACAUGAUGCGCCAAGAAAGCGGUGGUGGAAGUACUGGUGGUGGCGGCACUGGUGGCGGCGGCGGUGGCGGCAUCGGCACUGGGGGCGGUGGCAACAUCGGCGGCUGCCCCGGAACACCGGCCUCCUCGAGCACGGGUGGCGGUUCACCCGGCGUCCUCGGCGCGGGCAACGCCAGUCUCCUUGGCGACAGUAACAGCAUGCCCUCUACCUCAAUGGAGGAGCUUCAUGCACUCCAUCACUUACACUCUUCGCAAGUCUCGUUCUCCGACCUCUACUGACGCACAUUUCGUGUCGACAAAGCCAAC